UCUUGUUCUUUUUAAAGGGAGGGCAGCGAUGGGGUGUCACCCAGAAUCAUAGGUUGUGUCUGAAGAAACUGGGGUGCUCCCCCGGGGUGCUCACUCUAAUAGCGUCAUUCACAGCCCUAGCUUCAGUUUGACCCCGCUUUUUUGGGCACCUGGAUUCUGCCUCCCAGGUCCUCUCCUAGGUGUUGGGAAGAGUGAUGAGGGUGUGGAAGAGGGAUCUAAAGGAGGAUGAAACCAUUGCUACUGCUCAUGCUGAUCCCGUUUGCUGGAGCUGAAUCUUGUCCUCAGAUGCCCUGCAAGAAUGGCGGAACUUGUUUGAACCACUCCAACGGGACAUCUUCCUGCGUGUGCCUUCCUGGCUACGUAGGAGACACGUGCCAGUUUGCAGACCCCUGCGCCCCUGUGCUUUGCCAGAACGGGGGCACCUGCUACUCCAGGGCUCUUCUUCCUCCAGCCUCCCCUGAGUAUAUGUGUGUCUGCCCUCCUGGUUUCACUGGGGAGAAAUGCCAGGGCGUGGUUGGUGAUCCCUGCUUCCCGUCACCCUGCCAACAUGGAGGGACAUGCCAGCGGAUCUCCCGGAAGGAGCAUCAAUGCCAGUGUCUAUCAGGAUGGACAGGGAAGAACUGCCAGUUGAUGGAUUUCUGCCCUGCCAACCCUUGUGCCAACGGUGGGACGUGUGUCAUCACUUACCCUGUCAUUGUGUGCCAGUGCUGGCCAGGCUUUGAAGGGCACACCUGCCAACAUGACAUCAAUGAAUGCUUCACGUCCCCCAGCCCCUGCCUCAACGGUGGCAGCUGUAUCAACAGCAUCGGCUCCUUCCGCUGUUUGUGCCCAUCCAACUUCUCUGGUCCUCUCUGCCAGUACCGACGGGGGCCUUGCUCUUCAGAGAUCUGUCUCCAUGGGGGCACCUGCCAUCACAUCGAUGGAGGCUACCAUGGCUGCCUCUGCCUGCCAGGCUACACUGGUCAGUACUGCGAGGUGAAUCCAGACGACUGCGCAGGACAUCCGUGUCUCAACGGAGGCACCUGCCAGGAUGGUAUUGGGUCAUACACCUGCCAUUGCAUCCAAGGCUGGACAGGGCUUCUUUGCCACUUGCCUGAUGCCUGCCUCAGCAAUCCGUGCCAUCCUGAUGCCCACUGUGACACGGACCUCAAAACUGGUCAUGCCAUCUGCACAUGCCAGCUGGGUUAUGCUGGAGCUCGGUGCUACGAAGACAUUGACGAGUGCCGGAUGGGGAGCAACCCAUGCGAACACAGAGGAAGCUGCUACAAUACGCCCGGCUCGGUCACCUGCUCCUGCCUCAGGGGCUACACAGGCUCCAGGUGCGAAUCUAACCUCAAUGAGUGCCUCAGCCAGCCUUGUCAAAACGGGGCUUCCUGCUUGGACCUGCUGGACCGUUUCCAAUGCCUCUGCCCAUCCGGGUUCAGCGGGCUGUUCUGCGAAGUUGAAGAGUGUCUCCAAGGCCGUUGCCUCAAUGGGGGAACCUGUGUACUCCAGAGCUAUGGCUUCGCCUGCCUGUGUCCUCCUGGUUUCGAAGGACUUCAGUGCGAGAGAGAUGCUGAUUUCUGUCACGGUGACCCUUGCCAGCAUGGAACCUGUGUGAAUGUGCCCGGCUCCUUCACCUGCGUUUGUGCUCCGGGAUUCGCAGGACCCCUCUGCGAGGAAUUCAGUGACCCUUGUUGGGAGUUUCAGUGCCUUCAUGGAGGCAGUUGCCGUGGGACGGAAUCCGGGCCACUUUGUAUAUGUUCACCUGGAUGGACCGGCCAGAAGUGCGACACAGAGGUGGAUGCCUGCAGUUCCAGCCCAUGCCACCAGAGGGCUACUUGCUUGAGCCGCCAGGGAGCCUUCCAGUGCGUCUGUCCCAGCGGCUACGUAGGGACAGCGUGCGAUGCAGAGGUGGACGAAUGUGCUUCGAGGCCCUGUUUGAAUUCUGGAACUUGCCUGAACAGCCCUGGUAGCUUUCACUGCCUCUGCCCCAGAGGCUAUUCAGGACUCAAAUGUCAGGUGACCCUGGACCUUUGCUCGGACUAUCCCUGCAAGAAUGGAGGCCAAUGCAGAAUGAAGGAAUCUGCACCCCACUGUUUCUGCCCUCCAGGAUGGGGCGGCCCCCAAUGCCAACAGAGGGCCAAUCAGAACAGAGACAACUGCACGGACCGGACCGGAGACGCUGGUUGCCAGGUAAAACGCCUGAAUCCUAAGAUCAGUUCCACACAGGAACCGAACACCAAGGGAGAAGGGAUCCCCGUGGCUGGACGUGUUCGUGGAGACGCUGACAAGAUUUCCUGCCCACCGACACAAAAGUGCCUAAAUGGAGGAAGCUGUACCAAGACGACAGAAGGUUUUCAAUGCUUAUGUCCGCCAGGAAUAAAAGGACCCAAUUGUCACCUGGAUCCCUGCUCUCUAGCCAACCCCCCCUGCUACUAUGGUGGGACCUGCCUGGCUCAGGCUGAGGGGUUUUUGUGCAUCUGCCCCCCUGGAUAUGUGGGAGAGAGGUGUCAGGGGGUGGUGGAUGCCUGCUUCUCCCAGCCUUGCCACCGGCCUGGGUCCCAGAGCUGCCAAUCUGAUGAACAUGGUUUCCAUUGUCUCUGCAACCCUGGAUAUUCAGGACGUCUGUGUGAAUCUUUGAUUGACAGUUGCCAAUCAAAUCCUUGCCUUAAUGGUGGAAGCUGUAGCGUGCUGCCCGAGAACUCUCUUGAAUUCAUCUGCCAUUGUCCACAGGGUUACGAUGGAUCGACUUGUGAUCUGCCCGCACCACCUUGUGGGUCUUCCUACUGUCACAAUGGAGGAACUUGCAUUGCCCGCCCAUCUGGACCUCGAUGUCUCUGCAAGGAAGGCUUCUCUGGGCUGGACUGCCACCAGCCUCCAUGUUCCUCAGCCCCCUGCCCUACUGCCAAUGCCACCAUGCUCUCCAGGUGCCCGUCCUUGGCAGGUGAUGCCCACUGUGACCGGAUCUGCAGCUCUCCGGAGACCAGCUGGGAUGGGGGAGACUGUGCCCUGGGGUUGCUCGACCCUUGGAAGAACUGCCUGAAGCGAGACCUGUGCCAGCUGGUUUUCCGAGAUGGGCACUGCCAGCCCCCUUGUGACAACGAGGAGUGCCUGUACGAUGGAUUUGACUGCGCCCCACAGAAGGAGUGCAACCCUUCCUACGCGCGAGAUUGUUGGGACCGCUUCUCGGACGGACACUGCGACAGAGGCUGCCACUCGGCAUCCUGUGGUUGGGAUGGUGGGGACUGCGCCUCUUCUGUUCCACCGGCAGAGUCCGUGUUGGCACUGGUGGUCCUGCUUUCCCGGGAGAGCGUGCCGGAGCUCCUGCGUUCCCUGGUCGUUGCUACGCGGGCAGAGCUACGAAUUCAGCGGGACCGUCAGCAGCGGGAGCGGAUUUACCCUUACACAGGGAAGGAAGAGCUGGGGAGCCAGAGCAACUGGACAGGGCUUCAGACGAAAGAUUUAGCCGAGACCGUCGGGUAUACCGUCUUUCUGCUGGUGGAGGGGAGCUCAUGCCAAGGGCAGUGCCCCACCUCUGCCAUAUCUGCCCUGAACCUUUUGGGCUCCUUGAUGGCCAAAGGGAUUUUGUCAUCCCUGAUCCCGCACCAAGUGGUAGCAGCCUGGCUUGAAGCUGUCGAAAAUGAUCCGGAGGCUUCCAUCUCCCAUUUCUCCGGGCCCCUCAGUUAUUGCGUGGGUGUUGGGGCGCUCGUGCUAGCUCUGGCGAUCUUUAUCGGGGUGUGGAGGAUCCGUCGAGCUCAGCAUCGGGAGCAUGGAUCUCUUUGGCUCCCGCCAGGAUUUGCACCACGCCAAGGCAAGAAGCGUCGUCGCUGUCGGAGGGAUCCGGUGGGUGAAGAUGCGAUCAGACUGAAGCCAACGAAACUCAGUACCGAAUUUGCAGAAGAUCAUGACACCUUCUCCAACCCCCAUUUCGACGAGUCUUUGAACCCCAAAGAUGUAAAGGAGGAUCUUGAUUCCGUCCGUAUCUCAGAUCAAGGCCCAGUGAGACCGAAAACACAGACGCUGGGUAAUGUCUCGGUCCCAGACCUGAGGAAGGAUACCAGGCAAAAAGCAGGCAAAAAUCAAGAGCCAGUUUGUGGCCUGACUCCACCAAUGUCCUUGGCUUGUUCGGGGUUGAAGAUGGAGAGUUCUUGGACAGACAAGCAAAUGGAGAACUUGGGAGAGACGCCUCUUCACUUAGCAGCAAGAUACUCUCGCGCAGAUGCUGCCCGCAGACUCCUGACAGCUGGAGCUGAUGUUAACGCCCGGGACCAGUGGGGACGGACCCCCUUGCACAGUGCCAUAGCAGCUGAUGCUCUGGGGGUAUUCCAGAUCCUUCUCCGGCAGAGACAGACAGACCUGGAUGCUUCGGCAGAGGAUGGCACCACCCCUCUCAUUCUUGCCACACGGCUUGGGGUCGAAAACAUGGUGGAAGAGCUGGUGGCCAACCACGCCGACCUCCAUGCCAUAGAUAAGAGAGGGAAAAGUGCUCUCCACUGGGCUGCAGCAGUCAACAACCUCCGGGCCACCCUCAUUCUGCUCAGGAACGGAGCUGACAAGGACAUUCUAGACAAUCAGGCCCAGACCCCAUUGUUUCUGGCUGCCCGGGAAGGAAGCUAUCAAGUGGCAUCUCUUCUUCUGCAACAUGGUGCCAAGCAGAAUCUCCGGAACCAUAUGGGUCGUCUCCCCAAAGACGUGGCACUUGAGCGUCUGCACCACGAUAUCCUCUCUCUGCUGGACAGGCCCUGUCUUCCUUCUGGGACUGGCCAGCUUUCACCACACAGGCCUCGCCCACAGCCUUCAUCCAAAUUGCACAGAUGGCCAUACCCACCCAAGCCCUCCCAGCUCACUCCCGUUCCAGAGAACGAGGGACCUUUUAAGGAUGCUACCCCAUCAGAAGAAACCAUGGGGCAGACGGUGGAGUGAAUCCUCGCCCUCUGCAGGAGGACACUGUGGGUCAGCGAUGACAGCCUUGGCCAAGGACAUAGCUUUCCCCAGUGAGAUUUGCAGGGCAGGGACUUGGAUUGGUGGCAUAUCCAAGGGCAGUGUGGAGAAACGAAGGAAUUCUAGCAGUGACCUCAAAGAGCUCCAGAUGUUUCUGCUGUCACAGGUGGGGAUGUGUUGCAACGUGACUUGGAUCCUAAGGUCAUCUUACAAAAUCUGAAGCAUAUAGAGGGCAGCUCAUCCCACCUUGCUACAUCGUCCCCAGAAUAUACUCCAGAUGUGUUGGAUUUCAACUCUCGGAAUACGGGCUGGUGGUCCUGGCAGCAGGAUUUCAGCCCAUCUGGCAAGAAGGAGAAUGGAAAAGACCACUACAGGGCCACUGACUUUGAGAGGAAGUCUCUUCAAAUUCAUUGAGAUUUAGUAGGCUGUCUUCCCACAGCUGUCUUCAGAGUUGGUCUCCUUGCAAGAAGGGAUUGAAUAAUCUGGCAAUUUAGGCUGCUGAGAAUUCUAGAAGUUGAAGUCCAACAUAAAUGGAGGUUCUUCAGCUGGAAAAAGGCGAGGUAGAAUGGAAGUGGAUAAUCUCAAGCUGGAAGUUUUAAUCAAACCUUCCACCCCAUUUUUCCUGAUUUGUUAAUUCCACCGUGCAAGUCAGCUCACCUUCCACUGAGAACGCGUCAGGGGAACUUGUCUAAAGAAUGGAAUAUUGUUACCAACUAUACUCAUUGUGCAAAAGCCAAGAAACCUGAAGUAAAGUUAAAAUUCCCCCCCCCCCCCAAACUGAAUUCGGUUCCUGGCAAUUUCAUUUGUGUACAAGAUUCCUCAGGUGGAAGUUUUCACCUUAGGUGGGAGUUCACCUCUGUUUUCACAAUAACUAUUCUUCUUGUGCCAUAUCCGUUAUCAGAUGUUGGAGAUCAUGUUGGCGAUUCUGUUUAACAACUAUACCAGCGGUGGCGAACCUAUGGCACGGGUGCCAGAGGCGGCACUCGGAGCCCUCUCUGUGGGCAUGCGCACCGUCGUCCCAGUCCUAGGCCUU